AUGCUCUUGCUACUCUUUCUUUUUGUGAUAUCAUUUGUAUUCGCCGGCAGAGAAGGUUUGAUUUUUUUCAGGAAUUUUUAUGAAAAAAAUUGGAAUAAUUCAGAGUUUGUACUUCGUAAAGAAUGCAGUCGUCCAGUUCACUACGGUAUCCGUCCCUGCACAUCAAAGCCGGAAAUCCGGGUUAGUUGGGGGGAAAAAAACCACUAUCAGGACCUUUUCUGAUGGAAAAAUAGAAAAAUAGUUGUUUUCAAGUCCCUUUUUUUCAGUACGAUUUUAAGAUACUGAUUUUUUUUUUCUUUCGAACCAAAUUUCAGGUUUACUCUUGUUAUUUCAUUCAAUUUUGAAAUUCAGUACCACAUGGAUCCGGAGACGUUGACCUGCUUGGCUUUCAAUUUCAGUGGCUGCGGAGGAAACGAAAACAAUUACGCUUCAAAAUCCGAGUGCUAUCGUCGUUGUCUUCCGAGUUAGUUUGAAACAGAAAGUUUCGAUUGAAAUUUAUUGAGUUGAAGAGUUUUUUGGUCUUAUUCAGAGCUUUUUGAGCCUUAAAAACCUAAUAGUUGUUAGGACCAGGAUAUAAAAAAUCGAAAAUAUCCUUUUUUUUUUUGAAUAAAAAGAUUAUCUAGUUUCUUUUUUUCAGUGGACUUCAACCGUUGUCCGGCCAAUUCGAAGCCGCUGCCCCGUGCCGAUGGCUCGACUAACUGCAAUGAAAUGGUUUUUUCAAUCUAAAAUUGUAGAGUAUCGCACAAACGAAAUCAUUUCAGAACAAAUGCACGGCCCAGAAUUCCUACUGUGCGAUGGGUUUCGUUGUGGGAAUUUGCUGCGACCAGCGGAUCCGAGGUAAAAAAAAAUAUUUAAAAAAAAAAUCAUAUGACCUUUUUUUCAGAUAAAGUCAAUAACAAUUAUACGCCAGACUGUGGGCUCAACAAGACUUUGGUCAAAGUCAACACUGGAUCGUUUGAUGUAAGAAUUUUGUAAAAAGAAAAAUUGUAGAAAAAAAUGGAGUAUUAAGUUGAAAGAAAAGAGGGAUUAAAGAUGGAAAGAAAAAUGCGAAAUGCACGAUAAGGUUACAAAUAUCAUAGUCUCUCGAAUUGGACUUCCAAAAUGUGAAAGAAAAGGUCUUUUUUUCAACAUGAGGAUCAAAAAAAAUUUAGAAAUUCUCUUCAUUCAGUUUCUAUUUCUACAUGUAUAUCAUACCACUAAAAAAAAUCAUUUCGGAUAAUUUCAGCGUUCUAAAAAAACAUGUCGCUUAAUUUGAUGGCAGUGGUCAGUUUUCGGAAAAUACAUUUAAUUAUUUUUCGAAGUUUUUUCUACAUUUUUCAAUGAGAUAUAUCCGGUUUUUUCUAUCUUGAGAAAAAAACUUCAUUGAACAAUUUUUUUUAGGAAAUUCUUCAUGGAAAAACUUGCGACGCAAAUUUCUGCCCAACCGGUUCUACCUGCUACCAAGGCGACUACUUCGCAUACUGCUGCCGGCGUUAA